GGCGAGGUUAGCGAUGAGGCGGCCGCGGGGAGCAGCCGGAGGAGUUUGUUCGUUCCCCAUCUGCCCGAUGCUCUGAGCCGGAGUCUCCUCCUCCCCCCGGGCUCGCACCCGGGCUGGAUGCUCCAGUCGCUCCUCGCUCCGCAGCCGCCGCCCGAUUCCCGCGAGCCAUGGAGCCGCCCGCAGCCGCCCUGGACAGCACUCCGGACCCCGCCAUCGUGCAGCCCCCCGGGAGCAGCCCGCCCGUGCCCCCCCGGGAACAGCAGCAGCAGGAGCAGCUGCGGAUCGGGGAGAGCGGGCAGUUCGGCGAGGGGCCGGAGGACAGAGGUUUACUAGAAAGCAGUACAAGGCUAAAACCUCAUGAAGCUCAAAGCUACAGAAAGAAGGCAUUGUGGGUUUCCUGGGUCUCCAUUAUUGUCACACUGGCUCUUGCAGUGGCUGCUUUCACUGUCUCCGUAAUGAGAUACAGUGCAUCAUCGUUUGGAUUUGCUUUUGAUGCUACCCUGGAUGUUUUGUCAUCAGCGAUAGUUUUGUGGCGUUACAGCAACGCAGCUGCUGUACAUUCUGCACACAGGGAGUACAUAGCCUGUGUUAUCUUGGGUGUCAUAUUCCUCCUCUCAUCUAUAUGUAUUGUGAUCAAAGCUAUCCACGAUCUUGCAAAGAAGGUUCUUCCAGAAGUGGAUGACUUUCUGUAUAGUGUCUCCGUUUUAAGUGGCAUCCUCUGCACUGUUUUGGCAGUAAUCAAGUUUAUGCUGGGCAAGGUCCUUACAAGCAGAGCGCUGAUAACUGAUGGUGAGUGCUUCAACUCUCUUGUAGGUGGAAUAAUGGGAUUUUCCAUCCUUCUUAGCGCAGAAGUCUUUAAACACAAUUCUUCUGUCUGGUAUCUGGAUGGCAGUAUAGGAGUUUUAAUCGGACUUACAAUAUUUGCCUAUGGAAUCAAGUUGCUUAUUGAUAUGGUGCCCCGUGUACGGCAAACGCGCCACUAUGAGAUGUUUGAGUGAAGAUCACACCCCUCUUUGUAAGGACUGUAAAACUACAGCAGUUUUGGCAAGUGGUGCCAAUGGUAUUUUAUUAAACAUGCAGUUUGUUCCCCGUGGUCCGUUUUUGUUAACGUUUGUUUUAAUGGGAAAUCUCUCUGUAAAAUUGGCAUAUGUGCACACUGCUUGCAAUUCAGUGAAACAGCAGCAUUUUUCUUUCAAAUAUGCUAUUGAUUCCUGUGACAAUAGAAAACAUGCAGUUUGCAGUUUUAACCCAGCUGCCACAUUGUAUAUUCUGGAGUGAAAGUGUUCUUAAUGAUGUGAUAAACCUGUGGAUAAAGAAGUGCCAGUUUCAGAUCUUGUUCUUUUGCCCUGGCCUGUAUUUUCCUAAACACAUGCUGUAACAGAAGUGCAAUCCUUGCUAACCUCUUUGGCUAACAGAAUAUCCUGUUGUAAAGAGUGGACUCCAAGAGCUGUGUUGCUUUGAAACACUUACCUGGGAUCUCCCUUCACCCCUUUUUAAAUAGGCCCACGGAAAGAGAGGUUACAAACCUUUCUGGGAUCAGAGUGGUUCUUCAUUUUAGCCCUAAACUAAGUGAAACGAUACCUCUUCAACUUAAAUUCUAUUUUUUCUUAAGAAGACACUGUUGGUUGCUUUGCAUGGACCAAACAAGCACACACAGUAUUACUGUACAGACCAAAGCCAAGAAGUCAUGCAAGGAAGAGAAGCUGCUUGAGGAAUGGGACUUUUUAUUCUAUUAUACUUUACACGGACGUGUCGGUGUGUGUGACUGUGGUUGCUCUGUAGUCUGACGAUGGCACAGCAGUGGCUCAACUGGGUGGUGAGAUAGAGAUCUAUUUAUUAGAUUUAGAUUGUUCUGUAAAGUGUUGCUCACCUUCCAUUGCACAUCUUAUGUAUUACUUACUAGCAGGUUAAAUUAUGAAAGAAACUUGAUGUAUAAACAAUAAAACUGGUAUCUAUUUUAUACAAUACCGUAAGUAACAUUUAAAAUCUAUUUCCAGAAUGUACCAUAGAGCAAAGUCUUCCUGUAUAGCAGCCUAUUAAACUAGAUUCUCUGGCUAUA